AUGGCUACUACGAACGGCAACGCUGGCAAGAUGCCUCAAAAGACCCGCGAGGUCAACAACCAUCACAUGGACUCAACAGUGUGGAACGAGGUGAAGUUCAGACCAGACGAUAUCGUCAUUGCUACCUACUCGAAGUCAGGCACAACAUGGGUGCAACAAAUCGUCUCUCAGCUCAUUCACGAAGGUGACCCGACCGUCCCAGCAGGUGCCCUCUCACCUUGGGUUGACCUCCGCAUUGUCCCUCGAGACGUCAUGCUCGGCAUGGUCGAAGGCCAGACUAACAGACGCUUCAUGAAAACACAUUUGCCCAUCGACGCUCUGGUCUGGAAGCCCGAAGUCAAGUACAUCUUCAUCGCACGCGACGGUCGUGAUAUGGUCUGGAGCAUGCACAACCAUUUCUAUACCGCCACGCCAACCUUUUACAGCUUUUUCGAAAACACGGGUUUCGACGGACCAGGUCCCCAACGACCUUCCGAAAAUCCCAGAGACAUGCUCAUUGAUCUUGUCGAGGAUGACACGCGUCCCUCCAUCUGCUGGCCUUUCUGGAGCCACAUCCGAGGAUGGUGGGAAGCGCGCCACCAGCCCAACAUGAUGCUCAUCCACUUCAAUGAUCUUAAGAAGGAUCUUGAUGGCGAGAUUCGCAAGAUUGCCGAGUUCCUUGAGACGCCUGAUAUGCCCGAGGACAAGUUCAAAGAGGUCGUUGAGCAUUGCACUUUCGCCUGGAUGAAGGAGCAUGCUGCUCUUGCGUCGCCACCUCAGGCUGAGAUCGCAUGGAAGAAUGGCGCGCAAGACUUUGUGUACAAGGGAUCGAAUGGACGCUGGAUGGAUGUUUUGUCUGAGGAGGAUAAUAAGAGGUAUCUGGAAAAGGCGAAGGAGGAACUUGGAGAGGAGUGUGCAAAUUGGUUGCAGAAUGGUGGCUCCUUUAACUGA